AUGCCUCCUAACAUAAUUCUUGUUCAUGGUGAAUCGCAUGAAAUGGGAAGGCUCAAAAUGAAGCUUCUGACUGAGUUUGCGGAUUGCAACACCAAAAUUAUCACCCCAAGGAAUUGUCAGUCUGUUGAAAUGUAUUUUAAUUCGGAAAAGAUGGCCAAAACCAUUGGAAGGCUGGCCGAGAAAACCCCAGAAGUUGGUGAGACGGUCAGUGGUAUACUUGUAAAGAAAGGUUUCACUUAUCAGAUAAUGGCUCCUGAUGAUCUCCACAUCUUCUCACAGCUAUCCACAGCAAAUAUUACUCAAAGGAUUACUAUCCCAUACUCUGGUGCCUUAGGUGUGGUAAAGUUUCGACUUGAACAGAUAUAUGAGAGUGUCGAGUCAUCAACAGAUGAGGAGUCUGGGGUUCCCACAUUGCGAGUGCAUGAUCGAGUAACUCUGAAGCAAGACUCAGAGAAGCAUCUUUCAAUGCAUUGGACUUCAGAUCCUAUAAGUGACAUGGUAUCAGAUUCUAUUGUGGCACUCGUUCUAAAUAUCAGUCGAGAGAUCCCUAAGGUAGUCAUUGAAUCCGAAGCUGUGAAAUCUGAGGAAGAAAGUGGGAAGAAAGCGGAAAAGGUUAUUUAUGCACUGCUUGUCUCACUCUUUGGAGAUGUGAAAUUAGGAGAGAAUGGAAAGCUCGUGAUAGGCGUUGAUGGGAAUGUGGCACAUCUUGAUAUACAGGGUGGAGAUGUUGAGAGUGAAAAUGAAGGCCUCAAGGAAAGAGUGAGAACAGCAUUUCGACGAAUUCAAAGCGCUGUAAAGCCUAUCCCACUCUCUGCAUCUUAA